UGUAACUUGUGGAUUAGAUAAAUUUGGGUCUCGUCCUUGCACACACUACUGUCACCUAUGCUAUACGAGAGGAAACCAAUUGCCUAAAGACUCCAUGGACUGAUCAUUUGAAAUAUCUCUUUGUUUUUUCGAGGAUGCUGUCCUGGCCCCAUCAACUUUACCAGGUUAAACAGAAUCAAUACUUGCCAAUCAUUACAGAUAUUCAAGAUUAUUUAGGUCCCUGAACCUUGAAGAAGAUGAUGAUGCAAGUUGCUAAUGAUUAAUGAUCAAGGGAUGUCUCACAGCCUGUUCAACUAGGUAAGCUUUUGAAUUAUUUUGAGUUUUUGUGAUUUCACCAGUCGUGCUGGAUUGUAGAGUUGGCUACAUGACUAGGUUCAUUUAGUAAUUUAAGUGAUUUUUGUCUUAAUUCAUCUGACUAUGUUGUCCAAAGCAAUGAAAGUUGAUGAAAUGCUUGAGCAGUGCCUGUUUUAGACAUUUUCUUUUCCAAAGGUUUGGAGGAUUGGAGACAGGAGCCAGCUUGGAAGAGAUUAUGUCUACUGGAUGGUUCCAGAUAGAUUUUUUAGAAUAUCAGACUUACCUCCACGAUCGCCCUUUCCCAUAGACGACGUCGAUUUUCAUUUGAUUAAUCAUGGGAAAUGUUUAAUAAUUUGAAAAGGACCCCCACGUUCUGUAGAUUGACAGGUGGCAUUCCUUCCUCCUACCUUGCACCCCAGAAGAAUCUGAACACCAUUAUCUGGUAGAAGUGCUGUGAUUAACACUAGCUGAUGGCAGUUAAUCCAAUAUGGCUUUCAUCAAACGAGUGGGAUUUGUAUAAUGAACUCAUUAUAUGGACAAUUAUUUCUGUUCAGGCUUGAUGUGUUUUUUAAGGGUCUGAAAGGUUGCAUAAUUUUGCCCAUUAUUGCUGUGAACUCAGUCUUCCGUGAGUUGUAUAGGUCCCAGCUUGUAUCUUAUACUUGUAUCAGAGAGCUGGGACCCGUUUAAAUAUAAAUUAUCGGUAUUAUUAUCGAUAAUAUCUUUUUUUAAGUAGCUUAGCUAAGAGUAUAAAUAUGUCCUGGAUUUCCAAGCAUCGAGCAAGUCGAGCUGUUAUUUGAUAGUUAAUAGCAAAACAUUCUCCUCGGCUUCUCUAUCCAAAAUCAAGAAAAUGGAACACGUUGGAGCAAUUUCUGGAGGAGAAUGGAACCCCUUAAAUGGAAUGUGCUCUGACGAGGCUGAUUUCAUGGCACAAUUGCUUGGCAAUUGCUCGCUUCCAAACGAGGUGCCAAGCAGUUCGAACUUCCCUCUGUCCUCUGCAUUUUGGCCUGCUCACGAGUCGAAUGAGGAAAUUGCUGUAGAUGAAACUGCAAUGUACUCGUCAGAUGAAACUAAUACUAGUAUGUAUUCUUUUUCACAAGGGAGUAGUUAUAGUGGAAGCAGUGGUAUUCUUUUUCCCCAUCCCAGUCAUGAAAGCUACUAUCCUUGUGUGUCUCAUCAAGUUUUCAUGACUAAUAAUAGUAUGAUGACGAUGGAUUACUAUAUGGAGGGUAAGAAUAAUAGCUCCCGGAUUCAUAUACUUAGCACCAACGUGACAGAAGGUGACGACUUCCUGAACCAGGAUAUCAGCAAUGACAGUACAGUGUCUAACCAAAACAUGUCUGAAGAUGUUUUUCAAGGAAAGGACUUGCAGCUGGAGCAGGAGCCUGCAGUGCCAAUGUUGGAACUAGUGAAAGAAGACAAAGUCAGCAGCCCUUCAGAGUCGAAGAAAAGAUCUCGUGCCCCUGCAGAACUCCCAAGGAACAAGAGAAGCACAAAAAUCAAGAAGUGUCUGAAGCUUGAUGACAAUGGCAACGAUAAUAAUAGUAACCACAUCGCGUUGCUUCGGAGGCAGAGCUCCAGCAGCUACUCUUCUGAAGAUGAUUCAAAUGCUUCACAUGAAUUGAACGGAGUGACUUCGAGCUCAAGCUCAAAGGGCAGUGCAGCUCUCAACUUAAAUGGAAAAACACGAGCCAGCAGGGGUUCAGCUACUGAUCCUCAGAGCCUCUAUGCAAGGAAAAGAAGAGAAAGAAUAAAUGAGAGGCUGAGAAUCUUGCAGAACCUUGUCCCUAAUGGAACUAAGGUUGACAUCAGCACAAUGCUUGAAGAGGCUGUCCAGUAUGUAAAGUUCUUGCAACUUCAGAUUAAGCUCUUGAGCUCUGAUGACCUGUGGAUGUAUGCUCCUAUUGCCUACAAUGGAAUGGACAUAGGCCUUGAUUUAAAAAUCUCCACUCCAAAGCCACAAUCCUGAUGAAGAUGAUGGCUCAGUGGUGCAAGAUUUUCUGUGAAUAAAUACUGCAUCAUAAAUAGUUGCCAUUUCUGUAAUGGCGUUUUGUUCUUUUUCUCUUGAUGAAAACAUAACUGAGACAACGGCAAUCUCUCUUUGAUGAGGACUAAUUGAUCAUUCUUGUUUAUUAAUCCAAUAUAUACUUCUCAUGGCUGUCAUCUGAACAUGAUCGAUGACCAUUGUUUCCCUUUUUUUUCUGGCUGUUCUGGGAAGAGCCCAUGAGAUCAAAUUGU